AAUGAAUUAAAAUUAAGUUCUAAGUCGGCUUUCUUGCAAGGAUAUUAAUGAUUAUAGUUUUAUUAAGAUGCUAGGAACAGGAUCUUAUAGUGAAGUGUUUUAGGGAAAGAACAAAAGAAAUGGAGAAGAAACUGCAAUCAAAGUAAUUGAUAAGGUUUUUUUAGCAAAAGUAAUAAUAAAUGUAAAUCUAUAGUAAAAUAAAAGUCACUUGAUCUAUUUAGAAUCUAAUGCUUUAAUGUCUAUAAAUCACCCUGGGGUUAUAAAAUGUUAUGCUACAUAUGAGUCUAAUACAAAGUUAUAUCUCUCUUUAGAAUUGAUGAAUUGUGGCACAUUCAGAGAUUACAUCAAAGGUAGUAAAUAAGUUAUUCAUUUUAGGGAAGUAACUAACAAUGAAAGAGAUUUAAUUUUAUGCUGCUUAAAUGGUUGUCAUUUUAGAACAAGUUCACAAAAAGGGAAUAGUUCAUAGAGAUGUUAAAGUAUCAUUAACUAAUAUACCUUAGCCAGAGAACUUGAUGAUGACAAAAGAUAAAUUCUUGAAAUUGAUUGAUUUUGGAGCUAUUUUAUUAUUUAAAGGAAAGGAUGUUACUAAAGAAGAAUCUGAUAUAAAGUUUUGUAGAAAAUCUAGUUUUUGUGGAACAGGAGAAUACUUGUCUCCAGAGUUACUUGAUAAAAAUUGUUGUGGUCCUUAAUCUGAUUUAUGGGCUCUUGGAGUGAUGAUAUAUGAAUUAUUUACUGGAAACACUCCUUUUUAAAGUGACAUUGAAUAUAUUAUGUUUUAAAACAUUUCUGAUAAAGAACCAAAUUAUGAUUUAAUUAAAGAUCAAAAUGCCCUUGAUUUUAUAUAAAUGCUAUUAACCAAAGAUGCAGGUAGAAGAUUAAUCGAAGCUAUUGAGAAUGAUUGUAAUUAUUCAAUAUUAAAACAACAUCCUUUCUUAUCUAAUGUUAAUUUUGAUAACUUAUGGUAAAAAUAAACAGAAAUCAAUGAAUAGCCUAAAUUUGAAAGAAAAAAUGUAUUAUUCUUUAUUUAUUAUCUAAGCAUAUAAGAGCAAAAACUACCUUAGUUAAUGAUGGUAUAUCUUUGAUUUUAAGUGGUAUUGUAGACAAACAUUCAGGAGUGUUUAUGUUUGGACAAUACACUCCGAGAACUAUGUAACUUAUUUAAAAACAUUUCUCAUAAGAACUCUUUUAUUAUAAUCCAUAUAAAAAGAAAAAUGUAAAUUAUUUUUUAAUAUCAUAGCAUCAAAUCUAAUUGAUUGGUGCUAAAUGCAAACUUGCAAAUGAUGGUGAAUUUGUCAUCAUUAGCGAUAAUAAAAAAUUGUUCUUUAGAUAAAGAGAGCAUCCAGCUACAUAGUGGGUAGCCUUAAUUAAUAAUGCUAUCUCUUAUAACAAAUAAUUUUAAUAAUGAGCAAAAUGAUAAAAUG